AUGGAGCCAGAUGUCCUUGUGUUCAUGCCCAAGAGAGGCGAUGUAACACUCAAACUUAUUCGAAAUGUCCAACAGGAAAUCGACUCGCCAUCUUCAAGCAGGUCAUCAUCGUUCUCCUCAGACUCCUCUAGCCGCAGUGGAAGCUCUUCGACAGUCGGCAAGGCUAGCACAUCUUUUGAGGACAGAAAUGGAGGGGUUGAUGGAAAUGCGCCGCCGGGCUCAGAGGAGAUCGAUAUCGACGAGAACGAAUUUUUCUUCGCGCCCGACCCACCAGUAGGUGACGAUAGCCCAUUAUAUCCCCCUCCACCUCGAGCGCGUCGAGGCUCCGAUGAGUCGUCGAGACGUGAUCGAUCAGCCAGUCCGCCUGCCUCAUUCUGGGCAUCUCUCAAACGUCAACAGAAAGAGCAUGGCCUAAUCAACCCGAUUGAGGAUCCGGUUAAGAACCCAGUCAAGGUUUCGGUAAAACGUUCACGGCCAAAAAAGACUAUAACAGUCCAGCAAGAAGUACAUUGUGUUGUUUCGUCCCGCCACAUGAUGCUUGCAAGUGAACAUUUCGAAAAGCUCUUGAGUAGUGAGACCCGCGAAGGAAGAACACUGAAAUCCACUGGUCAUGUCACAAUUCCAAUGACGGUGGAUCCGGAUACCUUGAUCAUUCUGCUCCAAAUCAUUCAUGGUAAAACUCGAGAGGUGCCGCGUCAAGUCUCAUUAGAUCUUCUUCGUAAGCUUGCCAUAAUGGUGAACGAUUUUGGAAUGUUAGCGUCAGUCGAGUUCUUUGCCGACACAUGGAUUGAUCAUUCGAAGAGGGAAGGGUUGCCGGCUUCUUACACGGAAGAUGUUUUGUCAUGGCUUUUUGUAUCUUUUGUGUUCGGGCGACCUGAGGAGUUCAAGGACAUGGCGAAUAUUAGUCAACGAGAGUGUGACGAGAAAUUUGUCGACAAUGCACAGGAAAUUCAUUUACCUGGUGGUAUUGUUGAUGCAAUCAAGCAGGGCCGUCAAACCGCGAUCAACACAGUGAUUUCCGUAAUCCAUAAACUCAUCACCAAAUAUAUGGACGGUACGACGCACUGCGAAGUAGGAAUGGAUGAUAACAUGCGAUUUGCGUGCGACGCUAUGCUUCUCGGUUCUUUGAUGAAAGGAUCUCAUAAAAUUGGAAUUUGGCCAAAGCCAGAGGCUCCCUUCAACGGCCAGAAAUAUAAUGAACUUGCAAAGGCAAUCCGUGGAAUCAAAAUGCUUGACGUCUGUGGCAAGAGCGCGGGUCGAAAAUGGAGUAGCUAUGGGGGGUUUGAAGGGAAUGCUCAUGAGCUUGAGAAUUUUAUCGACAAUGAGCUCAAGGCUGUCGAGGAGAAUCUUGGGAGCUUGGAUCUGGAAUCUUUCAGCAGCGAGAAUGUCGGUACCUGGCAAAAUUUCAAAAGCUAUAUUGUGCCGCAGGCAACACCACCACAAUCACCAAAGGUUGAACGUCGUGAGGCUACCCCUAGUCAAGAUUCUGUUACUUCCCCGCGAGAAAGAAUCAUGUCACCGAAACCUGUAGCGCCACAACAAGAGAUAUCAAGAAGUAUACACUCAUCGCUACAACAAGAGGUGUUGGGAAGCAGACAGGGAUCGCCACAACCAGAGGUUUUAAGGAAUACGCAUAUAUCGUCUCAACCAGAGAUUCUCAGAAACACUCGCAUGUCACCACAGCCAGAGGCUCCGAGACACACCUAUGUAUCGCCGCAACCAGAAAACCCAAGACACGCACAAGUAUCCUCGCAGCCGGAGAUCCAAAGAAACUCGCACGUAUCGUCACAACCAGAGUCUCCGAUACAUGCACAUGUAUCCCAACAACCAGAAAAUCCAAGACGGGUACAGGUAUCGUCACAACCAGAAGUUCCAAGAAAUACCCGUGUGUCACCGCAGCCAGAGAUUCAAAGACAGAUAUAUGUAUCGCCACAACCAGAAAUGCCAAGACACGUACAAAUUUUGUCACAAUCAGAGUCUCCAAGAUACAGUUACGCAUCGCCGCAGCCAGAAGGUCUCAGAAGUGUACAUGCAUCCUCGCAACAAGAAGUUCCAAGAAGCACGCACGCAUCACCACAACCAGAGUCUCCAAGGCAUACACAUGUAUCACCGCAAAUAGAGAAUUCAAGGAACACAUACGUGCCGCCCCAGCCAGAAGUCCUAAGAAACACAUACGUAGCGCCACAACCCGAAGUCAAAAGGAACACGCACAUAUUGCCACAGCCAGAUAUUCGGAGAUCUACGAAUGUAGAAAGCGAGCUGCCAACCAGACGAGAUUCCCAAUUAAACCAAAAUUCGCAAGGAAUCAUGGGACGACCUCGGGGAUCUAGUGGUGAAGAAGACAUCAAACAUGUACAACGUGAAGAAAUUCGCAAGGCACAAGUAUUAAGGGAUCGUCCAGCGUCUAUGAUCGAACAACCCGCUUCUACAGCACCUAAAGAAGGUAUACGACACUCUUACAUGCAUCAAGUCAACAAGCCUCGCCAAGCUGAGGACGACACAGGCAGUCGGACCGAAAGACCAAUAGAGCCCGUCAAAAAGGGGUUCUUCGCCGAGGUCAAAUCAACAGUCCUUCCAGAAAUGGUACAACAGAGUCCGAAUGAAGAACGAUCAAACCCUCUUGGAAAAACUCCUAGUCCAGCGGCAAGCAAAGAGAAGAUCGUCUACCCUUCAAUUUUCGAACCUCCUAAAACCGAAUUACCCAAAAUUCCCUCCAAGACACCCCAUCAUCAGCUUCCAAAACGCGAUCCCAGCCCACCGACGUCGCAUUUCGAUUACACCAUUAGAAAAGCACACAUGAUAGCGACAGCGAGACCUGAGAUUAAUAGUCAAGCGAGCAGUGAGACUAUCAGGUCAAAUCACACGGUCGCAUCUACUCACUCGCUCGCGUCUACUCACUCGACCGCAUCUAACCACACAGUCACAUCCAACGCGCCAAAAACAACCAAAGAGAGUAUAACGAACAGCAUCAAUUUCCGCCAACCGCCGAAAGAAGAACCGCAGGAUAUGGGCAUUGGGGGCGGCGCCACGACGGAGGAGGAGAGCGAUAUCUGGAUCCCGCCGAAUACACAGGGGUAUAAAGCGCGGAAGAGUAAUAAGAAGAGGUUUGCUGUUAAUCGGUUCUGA